CUCGUAAUGGAUUUCCAACGGAGAAUAUACGAUGUGCCAUUCGAAAUCCUCGAUCUGAUAUUUGAAAAACUUGAUAGUUUACAAUAUAAAGUUAACUUAGCUUUGGCGCACGAAAAGCUUGCAAAAGCUUUCUCCUUUCACAGCCGCAAAAAAUUCAGGAAACUUACGCUCGACGGACGGCUAACACUUGAUUCCUGGAACUUUUUAAUACGGGAAUGUGGACCCAGGAUUGAAGAAUUUGUCUACGGUGUAUGUGGUAGAAAUGGGAAGAGUCUUUUACUCAAGGUGGUUGAGAAACAUUGUCCCAAUUUAAAAUCCGUUCAGUUCUAUUUGUCUGAUCGGAAAAACAUUCCGUCUUUCUUAGAAAAUAUGAAAAGCUCUCUGACAUCGGUUAAAAUAAACCAACAAAGUUACUUUCCGGCUACCAUCCUGAUCGCGGUGAGUGGAAUAACGCAACUAAAGGAAUUUUCCUUCAGGGGAUACGUAGACGAAAAUGUUCGCCACUUAGAUAAAUUGGUUGCCCUGGAGAAGUUAAGCAUCACAGAUAUUAAACCUUUCAGUACGCCUCCUGUGGACUUACUACCAAUUUGUGCAUCACUGAAGAAGCUGCGCAAUUUAACUGUGGUUGAAGUUAAAAUAUUGCCUUAUGAUGAGCCUUAUUCUACAUUUUGGUCCAGCUUGGAAUUUUUGCACUUGGAGUAUUGCGAAUUCUCCAUCGAAUUGCCAGACUGCCCAAACCUCAAAUAUUUGGAUAUGCAUUACCCAAAAUGUGCCAUCGAAGGCUAUGUUUUGAAAUUUAUUCUUAAGAAUGGAAAAAAUCUGACAGAACUGCGCGAAAGAUCCGUUCCGCCAAUCAAUGGCAAUGGUUUUCUCGACCUGCUUCGCGGCUGCCCCAAAUUGCGGCGUCUACGCACUACAAUGGAAUUCAUAAAACUCCACGCGGGGUUUGUGUGUUCUAUUUUGGAAAUUUUAAAGGAAAAUGGAGUUACGCCGGAGAACCCAUUAGAACUAAUUAUAUGUAGGCGGAUAAAAUGGAAGUGGUUUCGACGACUACACCGUCGGUCUCCCAAUGCUGAGUUAAUUGAUUUGUACGAGGGUACUUGAUAGUUUAAAAUAAAACAAA